UGCAACUCCCAUUCACCCCACGAUGAUCACUCGAAUAUCGGCUUAAACAUCUUUGUCCCCCCUUCGUUAUAUCUCUCCGAAGCAACCAUCAAGUAACACUACUGCAACAAACGCGUAUCCAGCUUCCAAUGUUCGGUGAGCACGAGUCAGAAAGCCCCCGUGUUUCCUCCCCCUGGGACCCCUUCCUCCCAACUCCUCCCUCUCGCGGCGUUUCCCCCCAGGUCAACGCCGCACUCCACAAUGGCAUCCCAAAGCUAGUUCCCGAGGUAGAGGAGGGCAACGUCGAGUACAAGCUCAAGCUCACCCACAUCUCGAACGCCCGCUUCGCCCGUCUCGUCACUCAGCUCAAAUGGCGUCUCCUUGAGGGCGGCGGUCAGGCCUACUACGAGCUCGGUGUCGCCGACUCGGGCGCCCUCAUCGGCCUCUCCCGCGCAGACCUCGAAGAAUCUCUGGAGACACUCGAGAUGAUGGCCGGCGAAAUCGGCGCGUCCGUCAUCGUCGUCAAAGAGAUCGAAGUCCCUCCCACCAUAGCCGCCCUCGCCGAUAAAGACAGCGGAUACACCGACCCCGACACCGGCGAGUGGACUCGCAAGAUGCGCCGACGUGCUCCCGCCGGCGGUGGCCCUGCCUUCUCGGACGGAGGGGACGGCUCGACAUCGGCCACCACCACCGAGGCUGAGACGGACUUUUCCUUCGCCGACUUUGCGGAUCAGGACGACGUGUCCACGUCGUGUCCGACAUCAUAUCGCGGUCCUGACAUAGCCGCAUUCUCCGCGACGAUCACGUCCAUUGCGCACCGCCCUGUCCGCACAAACCCUUCGCGUCCGACCGCUCAGUCCUCCCCCUUCAUAGCGCCCAUAGACGACGACCUGGCUCUGUUCUCUAUGGAGCCGGAGCCCGCAUUCCCGGAUGAGACGGAUACACCCGCAUCGGGCGUCAUAGCCGAUGACGAGCUAGAUCUCGCCUUCGGCCUUGAAGCCGGCCUUGGCCCUCGCCGUGCGUCCUUCGCCGGCCUUGAGAUCGCAGCGGUCUACAAGCCGCGUCCCGUCCGACAUCGGGUGCGCCCUGGGGCGUCGGCUCCCCUUGGACCGACGCCUGGGAGGCAUGGCAAGCGAAGCAACAAGAACAAGGAGAGGAAGGCCCACCCAUGGCAACAGAGAGGCAUCGCGGCCUCUGGGCAGGACGGGCUCAGCAAGGAGGAGAAAUCGCUGCAAAGACGGCUCGCGCGCGACAAGAAGCGUGAGGAGAAGCGAAACGCGCUCAUCGCUCUAGCUCAGGCGGAGACGCGAGACGAGGGUGAACCUGUUACCAGCGGGUCGCACGCCCCCGCCACGGUGCUUGCUGGCUCUCAGGAUGAGGAUGUCGGCAGCAAGGCGUCAGCGCUGUUGGUGGACGUAGACGAGGAGGCCAACACGCUCGCCAGCGGCGUCGACGGUCUCCACGCCGCAGUGGACAGCACUGGCGUCGCUGAAGAUGAUUCCCCCGAGACGUCUCCUGUGCUGCAGGCCCGGCAGCUGGCGGAGAUCGUCGUAGCGACUGCAGAAGUCGGCCGGGAGCCGCGGUUAAUCGUGGAGGCGCUUGUAGUCCGCAAGAUGUCGAUCGAAGAGGCGACGCUGGACUUUGGAAGGUUAGCAAUUCUAUGACUGCGGAUCUGGUCGUGUUUGUGCGAUUCGCUCGUGCGAUGGUACGGGUUAUGGAUCGCGACGGACAGCUAAUAGAAGAUCGUACUGGAUUAGUGUGUGUAUAUAGUUCAGUGUGCCUGGAAAUGAGGAUGCAAACGUAUAUUCAUGGAGCGAUAUGUAUGUGGAUGCUCGCGGGCGUGGAAGGGGACAUGCGGGGGAGGAGAGAAGAGAUGCUGCGGAAGGCGAUAGGAAGGGAGUGCCUGGCGUUCUGUUGGACUGGUCCCGGCGAGCUGACUGGGAGACUGCGAGCUGUCCCACCCUGCGCCGUUGCUUUCUCACAUCCUCGGCCUUCGUC